AGAGGCUGGUUUAAUUGAUUUAUAUUUUCCCGUAAGUGUGGAAGUCAGAAAGUUGAAGUUUGUCAUAAUAAAAAGUAACAGUUGAGUAUUCCCGGACAGUAGCCACUUGACUUUGGUUAUUCAGCAUGCAGAACAGACAAGGAUACUGCAGCUAUUGCUGUGUGCGCUAUAAUAACCUGGAACAGCAUAUGUCCAGUGUUCAGCACAGAUACUUGACCACACAGAGUCGACAGAGGAUGGGAACCUCUAGUUUGAUGGAACGUUUCUUGCAGGAUGUACUCCGCCAUCACCCGUAUCAUUCUCAAGAAAGCAGAUCCAUGCAAAAUGAGAGACUUCUUACGAAUAUGGUGUCACCUGCUGCGUCACCUCCUGAAGUGGUUCCCAUCGAUGAUUCUGUUUCUGAAGAAAUGACUGAUGAUACUGCUAGUGUCAAAGCAGAGAGCUCCGCCAGGGGUUUUGAACCUAGUAAAGAGCUACAUUCUAGACCUAGUAAAUCUCAGGAAUAUAUACAGGGGGUUUCAGUUAGACCAUCAGUUAUUCAAAAACUGGAGAAGGGACAGCAGCAGCCCUUGGAGUUUGUGGAUAAAAUUGGGAGUGGUAGGAAAGAAUUUAAUCCAGUUGGUAUUGGUCGAGCUACAAAUAAUCGGCAGAGCUUAAUAUGUCCCUCGGUGAUUUCUAGUGCUCCUGCUAGUUGUAUACCUGGAAGCUCCUAUGAUAGACCAGUUACAACUAAAACUACUAGGUCACCAGCAGUAGCCAGUUUGGAUCCAGUCAGAAGAUGUGACCCAAACAAAGUUGACAGAUACCUUGAACAGCCAGAGAGGGGUUCUAGAAAAUCUGUGCUAUCAUCCACUCUAGAAACAUCUUCAGUUUCCUAUCAGAAACGUAAAGAAUCAGAUAGAAAAUCUUUAUGUACAAAUUCAGAUAAAUUGAUUAUACAGGAAGAUGUAAAAUCUCAGCGUAAAAUUUUCUCAACUGGCACUAAAGUGCGUGGAUUUAUGGGUACUGAAGGCUCCUCAAAAUCUGAAUCUCUUUCCAAAUUGGCUGUACACCAAGCAAUCAGGGUGAAUAAAACUGGCAUGCCUUCUAAUAAAGGACUCUUUGAAGAUGCUACUGCAAAGCACCGUGAGAAAUUCUUUUCUGGUAUGGAUCAGAUCCAAGAGGAAAAGCAUUUGGGUUUUAAUAAGUCAGCCUUUUUGGAACAGAAGAGCUCAGUGAUUUCUGAAACGAAGUUUGCUCGUGGCUCUCUUCAGUCAGCAUCUAAUCAACCCGAAGAGGCUGCACAGGACUUUUGGAAGGAGGAGCAAGUUGACCAAGAAGAUAAAAACUAUGACUCAAGAGCUUCUGAAUUGAGUUUUGACUGCAAUUCUUCUUUUCAUUCACUGAAUGAGCAAUCUAGAGUGACUGCCAAAGAAGUAAGCAUUUCAGAGGAAGAAUAUGCUGAUGUACAGUGUAUGAAUAAUAAAUCUUAUGUUUCUGAAAUAAGUUCUGAUUGUGCUGGCUCUCUUCAGUUGGCUACCAACCGAACUCAAGUAAUUGUUAAGGGUGUAAGUGUUCAGAAGGCAAAACCUGUUAGCCUGGUUGAUGAAAGCUAUGAAUCUAGUGAUUCUGAGAUUAAUUUUGAUUGUGAUGCCUUACCUCAGUCAGCUGAUGACUACACCCAACAGCCUGCAAAUGAAGUAAACAUUUCUAAGGAGGAACACCUUGACUUGGUUGAUAAGAACUAUGGAUCUAGUAGCUCUGAAAUAAGUACUGAUUCUACUUUGCCUCUUCAAUCAGUGAGUGACCAACUCCCAGGGGCUGUCACAGAAGCAAAACUUGAGAAGAUUGACAUUGGCCUGGUUGAUAAGAACUAUGGAUCAAGUUGUUCUGAAACAAGUACUGAUAACGAUGUUUCUCUUCAGUCAUCAGUAAUUGACCAUCCCCAACUGGUUGUCAAAGAAAGAAACCUACAAGAUAGGCAUGUCUAUCUGAAAGAUCAGGGCUAUAAAUUCAGUAGUGCUAAAGAACAUCUUGAUUAUGCUGUCUCUCUCAACACAGUGACUGAUGAAUCUCAGAGGGCUGCUGAAGAAAUCCAUCUUCUGGAAGAGAAGAAUGAACCUGUGGAUAUGAGCUAUGAUUCUCAUGGUUCUGAAAUGAGUUUUCACACCGAUGCCCGCUUAGUGGCUGGCCAGUCCGGAGUAAUAGUUAAAAAAGUAAGCCCUCGAGAAGUAGCUGUUGACCUGGAGAAUAAGAGUGUUAAGUCUAGCAAUUCUGAUCAGAGCUUUGAUUCUAAUGCUUCUCUUUACCAGUCAGCUAGUGAUCAACGUCAAGGGGCUCUGGGUGAAAUAAGCCUGAAAGAGUUAAAUGUCGAUAUAGAAGUUAAGAGCUAUGGGUGUUCCAGUUCUGAGCUGACUUUUGAAUCUGAUCCCCCUGUUAGGUCAGGUACUGAGCAGUCUGAGAUGGACAUUGACGAAAUAAGAAAAAGGCACAUUAACUUGGAAGAACACUGUGGGUCAAAUAGUUCUGGAAUAACUUUUGAUUCUGAUACUGCUUCUCGCUCAGGAGGUGACCAGUCUCAAGUAGCUAUUUAUGUGGAGGAACCAAGUCCUCUGGAAAAUAAGAUGAGUAAGUCUUGUGUUCCUGAAGUAGCUUUUGAUUCUGGUAUACCUGUUCAUUCAGGGACAAAUCAACCUGGACUAGCUGUUAAAGAAGUAAUCGUUCAGAAAGAAGAAUAUAUACACUUGGGAAGGAAGAAUGAUGAACCCAGUGGUUCUGAAAUAAGUUUGGAUUUUUAUGUCCCUCCUCAUUCAGUGAUUAGCCCUCCUGAAGUAGCUUUGGAAAAGCUAAGUCUUCACAAAGAAGAGCAGAUCUACUUGGACAAUAAGGUAAAUGAACCUAGUGCUUCUGAAUUAAACUUGGAUUAUGAUAUUUUUCAUUCAAUUCCUGGACAUUCUCAAGAUCCCAUUCAAGAAGUAAACCUUCAGAAAGAAGAGCACAUACACUUAGAAAAUAAAGAUAAGGAUAAUGGAUUAAGUGUUUAUGAAACAAGUUUGGAUGCUGGUGUCCACCUUCAUCAGUCAGUGACUCACAAGCCUGAACUGUCUGUUAAAGAAAUAUGGCUUCAAAAAGAAAAGCUUAUUAAAUUACAGAGUAAAAAUGCUAAAGCUAGCGGUUCUGAAACAGGUUCUGAUGUUCCUCAUUAUUUAGUGACUGAACCUCAGAUAGCUGUCAAAGAAAUCAGUGUUCAGAAAGAAGAACAUGUUCCAGAAACACAUGACAAAUACAGUAGCUCUGGAAUAAUGUUUGAGGCUGACGUCCCCCCUCAGUCAAUGACUGAUCAACCUCAGACAACCCUCCUGAAGGAAAGAAAUGUUCAUCUGGAAGAUAAAAACAGUGAACCUAGUCAUUGUAAGGUAAGGUUUGAUUGUGGUGACGCUCUUCAGCCAUUGACUAGGCAAUUUCAGGAAGUGGUUAGGAGAACAACCCUGUGGAAGAAAGAGAAUAUUGGACUGCAAAAUAAAGUGUUUGAAACUAGUGGCUCUAAAUUAAUCCAUGGUUUUGGUGUUUCUCUUCAGCCUGUGGCUGAUCAGCCUGAACGGGCUGUUAAACGAGUAAACCGUGAGAAUGAAGGUCAUGUGAAUGUGGAAGAUAAGCACAGCCAAUGUAGUGGUUCUGAAAUGAGUUUGGAUUCUGAUUUCUUGGUUCAGUCCGUAGUUGAUCAACCUCAAAUAACUGUUUUGGAUCAGGACCACGUUGAGCUAGAAGAGAAGCACAGUCGGUCUGGUGGUUCUGAAAUAAGUUUUGAUUCUGAGGAUCCUCUUCAGUCAGUGGCUGACCAGGUUAGAAAAACUAUUAAAGAAAUAAGCCUUUGGAAGGAUGAAGUUGAUGUGGAAGAUAAGAGGGAUGAAGGUGAUGUGGAAGAUAAGAGGGAUGAAGGUGAUGUGGAAGAUAAGAGGGAUGAAUCCAAGGGUUUUGAAAUUGUGUAUGAUUCUGAUAUCCUUUUUCAGUCAGUGGCUGGCCAAACUGAAGAAGUCGUUAAGGAGAUCAACCUUUGGAAGGAGCACGUUGACUUGCCAGGGAAGAUUGUGGAGCCCGUUGGUUCUAAAAUAAAUUUUGAUUCUAAUGAACCAAUCCAGUCAGUGGCUAAUGAAAUUCAAGAGGCUAUUACAGCAGAAAUAAAUCUUCUGAGGGAAGGACAUGUUUGCCUGGCUGAUAAGGGCUAUGAACCCAAUGAUUCUGAAAUAAUUUAUGUUUCAGAUAUCCCUCUUCAAUCAGUGGUUGAGCAGCCACACAUUUUGGAAGGGGAACAUGUCAAUUUGGAAGAUAAGAGCAAUGUUUCUUGUCCUGAAAUAACUUUUAUUUCUGAUGACCAUCUUCACUCAGUGGCUGACCAGCUUCAAAAAUCUGUUAAAGAAGUAAGUCUUUGGAAGGAAGACCAUAUUUACCUGGAAGAUAAGAGCUAUAAACUGGGUGACUUUGAAGUAAGUUAUGAUUCUGAUGUUCCUGUUCACUUUGUAGCUGAUCAGUCUCCUCUGACCGUCAAAGAAAUAAGCUCGCUAAAGAGGGGUCAUAAUGACCUAGAAAAUAAGGACUGUGGACCUAGUGUUUCUGAAAUAAAAUGUGAUUCUGGUGUUCAUAUUCAGUUAGAAGUUGACCAGUCUCAAGUGGUGUGCAAAGAAAUAGAUCUUCCGAAGGAACGGCAUCUUGGCAUGGAAGUAAAGACCAGUGAACCUAGUGAUUCUGAAAUGAUGUGUGAUUCGGAUGUUCCUCUUGAAAUUGUGGUUAACGAACUUCAGGUGUCGGUUAAAGAAGCAAAUCUACCGAAGAUGCUCUUUGUGGACCUGGUGACCAGUGAUAGUGAUUGUGAAGUGAUUGCUGAGUCUGAUAUCCCUUUUCAGCCAGUGAUUGACUCCUCUCACGUGACUGUCAAAGAAGUCGAUUGUAUAAAUACAGAAGGUUUUGAUCUAGGUGAGUGCUGUGACUCUUGUGAUUCUGAAGUAGGAUAUGUUUGUGAAGCCUCUCCUCAAUCAAUGACAAAUGAACCCAAAGAGACUUUCAGAGUAGUAAACCAGAAGAAAGACUAUAUUAUUCUCCAAGAGGCAAGCUGUGAGUCUUAUGGUUCUGAAAUAAAGUUUCAAAUUGACCCCCCCGAUAGGUCUGUGACAUCACAAGGGUCUGAUAAAGAAACGGUGAAGCUUAUUGAAGAUAAGGGUCGUGGAUCUGAUCGUCCUAAGAAAAAUUUUAAACGAGAAGACCAUUCUGAGCCUGUGACUAAACAACCUCAGAAAGCUGCUAAAGGAGUCCAUAUUUGUCAGAAGAAAGAAGAAACUACGGGCCGAAAAGAUAAGCACGGUGAAUCUAGGGCUUCUGCAGGGUCUCGUAAAGCCUCUCCUGGGUCAGCAGGCCGUCAGAGGGCUGGUAAAGGAAACCAGAAGUUAAAAUCUGCAGAUCGACGAAGUAUGAGCUGUGAACCAUGCGGUUCUGGGAUGAGUCGCUCUCUUCAGUGUGAUCGCUCCCUUCAGUCUAAUACCGGCAAGCGUCAAGAAGCUGCUAAUAGAAAGGAAGGGUCUAAGAAGAGGUCUGGUGACCUAAAAGAAAAAAGACGUGACUCCCGUUCAGGCCCUGUUCUCAGGGGCGAUUCUGCAAGGAACCGGGAAAAAGCAAAGGAGGUCAUAGAAGACAAUCCUGAUGAACCAGUUCUGGAAGCCUUGCCUCAUGUCCCGCCUUCAUUUGUUGGGAAGACAUGGUCUCAAAUAAUGAGAGAAGAUGACAUGAAGAUUAAUGCUCUCGUGAAGGAAUUUAAGGAAGGUCGUUUCCACUGCUACUUUGAUGACGACUGCGAGACCAGGAAAGUAAAAAAAAAAAAUUUGAAUAAAGGAAAAAAGAUUACCUGGGCUGACGUUAGUCAGGACACUGCAGCAAUUCAAGUUUUUUCAGACUGUGAUGAUAAUGCAGGUGGCAUUUCAGAUACUGAUGACUUUUCAGUGGCCUUAGAUAAACCUAGCCAUCAUCCUAUAGCAAAGAGGCCUUAUGAACAAUCCUGGCGAGUGGCUUCUCGAUGCCAGGCUGUAAAAGUCAGCCAUGGAACUCAAACCAAUCUCAUAAAAGAGUCAGUGACAAAAGGAAGUGGACCAGAGGAAGACUUGCGAACAAGGAAGCGUUUACUUUUACAGAAAGACAGAAAAAUGAAAAACAGAGUGCAAAUUGGAACACUUGAAUUUCCUGAAACAUGUACUAAAGUUUUGAAGCCUUUGCAACCCAAUGCCUUAGUCUAUGUUAUUUCUUCAAAUAUGAAAUUUCAGAAUGGCGAAUCCUUCAACUUUUCUAAAAAGUACCUUGGUGGCAGAAGUAGUCGAGAUGUUAGCAUACAGUACAAAUAUAAGCGGAGGUCCUUUGAUUACUACGACCCAUUGACUAAGAAAAUUGUAACGAAUCCUCCAGAAACUGAUAGAAAUAACUGGCAUCAAAUUCACUUGAACGACCCAAGCUCCAGUUCAGAUGAAGAUGCUCCUGCAGAAGGCUUUGAUCCAACAGGCAUUUUGACACUAAGAGAUGAACUAAUGGCCUACCCAGGGGCCCAUAUUUCUCCCGAGCGUGUGCCAAGACCAGGGACUUCGAGAGCUAGUGAAGUUCCAGUCAGAAGUAAUUUCCAGUCAACUCCUGUAAACCGCGAUGCUGCCGUAACCUCCCCCAAAUCAGCUCCACGUAAGAUCCUACAAAGUAAAAAGAAAAUUCAGAGAAGGAAGAUGAAAACUAGCAAGCCUGGUUUUCCGCAGAAGGUUUAUAAACCAAUUGCUCUCCAGCCCAAAACCCGAAUCGCUUCAGAAAAACAGUCAAUUUGGAUUCGGACCAAACUAAGUGAUAUAAUUAGCAAGUAUAUUUCAAAAUACUCUGUUUUUCUGCGUCGCAAAUAUCAGUCCAGGAGCGCCUUUAUUCGACUGCAUCUUAAGAAAAAAUGUGACGUCACCAAGUUAAAGAAGGCGAAGAAACCAGCCAAAAUGCUUUUGAGCCCGCCGGUUCCCACGGUUCCGUCGGUUCCCACGGUUCCGCCGGUUCCCUUUGUUCCGGCGGCUCCGUCGGUUCCACCGGUUCCCUCGGUUCCACCGGUUCCGUUGGUUCCGCAGGUUCCGUCGGUGGCAGCUGCUGACGGGCAGUUAGGAGGAGUCCCUUGCUGUACUUUCAAGCCACCUGUGCAGGAUUCUUGGCCCGCUGCAGGAAGAAGGAGGAAUGGCAAAAAACGCUCUAGGAUAAAAAGGAGAAACUCUUCUAGACCUGUUAAAAGAUACGCUUUGAGAAGCUUAUAUUCUCAGAGAAAGCAUCUCAAGUCGAAUAUAAAAAGUUGCAUGACAAAGUGUGACCGUCUUUUGAGAACAAAUAGUAACCUCAAAUUGCCCAGUGUCAUCAAGUAGCAACUGCCAGGUAGCAUUUGGAGCUAGGACAUUUCUUCAGCUGUGCUGGAUGAUCAUGUGAAGAGGCAGAACAUGAGGCAAAAUAAAAGUGGCAGAAUCAAGACAAAGCUAAAUUUUAGUAUUAUCCAUAAUGAAGUGGACCUUUUAG